CAGGGUAGAAUUGUAUUUUCGGAGCUGGAUAAGUCUUAUCAUUAGACUGCUCCUCUCUGUUGCCAAACAUUCCGAUUAGAUGACAAUUACCGUGUACACCCCUGCGCAUGUUACCACCAGCGUCUUAAAUUCCCGGCUCCUCCGCUCUCCGCCACGACGGACAUUGUCGACGGCGAGAUAUCACCGCAAUUUUUGCUUAACUUGCGUGUUAAUACCGGAGACAAGGCGGGAAAGCAGACGAUUGGUCAACAUAGCCCUUGGGGUCUUGCUUCAAUGGCUAGCUCUACCUAACGGUGAUUCCCUUCAUUCUAGCAAUGCUAACCUGCGCCACUGUUUAAUGCAGUGCGCCUUACUAAUUACAUUUGUAAUCAUCUGCUCAUGUCUAAAGCGACUUUUGGCUGCCAUAGGUUAUCAUACAAAUGCAGUAGGAGCUAGCCCUUUUGACAAGUAUGUGAAAAGGAAACAGCUUGAUCCACUGGAGGCUUAUGUACCAGCUGUGCUGCUAGCUGGGGUGCAGAUUAAGGAAUUAGAGAAAUCCUUAGAGAUUGAUCAACCUAAAUAUGGAGAUUGCCGGAAUAUAUUGCGUUCUGGUCCUGCAUCAUCUCUUCGUGUCAAUAUUCGAGCAGUAGCACAAUACGCAGCUGAUGGUGGCAAUGGUAAAUUAGCUUUCAGUGAUGUUGAUGAGUGUCUGAGUGCAUUGGAAGGACUUGACUCGUUGCUUUUGCGUGCAUCAAGAAAGGAUCCAGGGGCCUCAAUUGACUCAAUGAAGGCACAAAUUGCUACUGCCUUAAAUGCAUUGGACAGUCUUCUUAAAACUGUCCCAACUGAUGUGCUUGAAAAGGGAAAGUCUGUAGCUGAUUCAUAUUUUUUUGCUGGUGAGGAAGAAGUAGCACCUGAGAGACUGGACCCUGAGCUGAAGCAACUGGAAUCUAUACUGUAAAAAAUUACAAAAGCCUCUUUCUUGAUCAGGUCAAUGUUUUUGCAUUGCUCAUUAGUUGAUGGGCAGAGAGAGUGUUACUCUUUACUCUCUUCAUUGAUGCAGGUCAUUCAAAGUAUUUAAGUAAUUAGUGUUGUUUUAUCUCUCUACUGAAUCGUUUCAUAUAUGCAUAUUUACUAAUGUAAAAAUCACACCAUAUGUACAUUUAAGGCUAUAUAUAUCGAGUUAUAAACAUACUUUUAAAAUA